AUGCUUACAAGGAACUGCCUGCUGCUGUUCCUUUGGUUUGUCUUCGACAAAGGUUCCCUGUCUUUAGUACGCCCGCCAGGCCCACCACUGAGCAGGAGCAGACUGGGAAAGGAGAAUCCAAGGAGCCUGGCGGGCUCGAUGAGGAAUGGGGCAUCUGGGUUUCAGAGAGUCAAGAGGGGCUGGGUGUGGAACCAGUUCUUUGUGCUGGAGGAGUACAUGGGGUCAGACCCACAGUAUGUUGGCAAGGUAAGGAUGUUAUACAUUGUGUUAUUUAUAGCAUGGGAGCGUGUCAUAAAUCAUGUAGCCAAGAGCUCGGGAAGAAUUGAACCAGUGUUAAAUGGAGGGAGAGGUAGAAAAUAGGAUGAGAGAGGGAGGGAGAAGAGAAAGAAAAGAGAGGGAGAGCUGUAGUAGUAAUAGAGCAUCAAAACAAAUUGUAUUUGUCACAUGCUUACUUAUGGGACCUAUCCAACAAUGAGGAGAGAAAAAUACAUUAUAGAAAAUAAUAACGCAAAGAAUAAAUACACAAUGAGUAAUGAUAACUUGGCUAUAUACAAAGGGUACCAAUACCGAGUCGAUGUGCAAAAGCACGGGGUAAUUGAGGUAGAUAUGUACAAAUAGGUAGGGAUAAAGUGACUAUAGAUAAUAAUAAAAAUAAACAGUAGGAGCAGCAUAUGUGAUGAGUCAAAAGAGUUAGCGCAAAUAGUGUCAAUGCAGAUAGUCGGGGUAGCUAUUGGUUAACUAUUUAACUAAGUACAAUAUUUAGUAGUCUUAUGGCUUUGGGUUAGAAGCUGGUCAGGGACCUGUUGGUUCCAGACUUGGUGCAUCGGUACCGCUUGCCGUGCAGUAGGAGAGAGAACAGUCUAUGACUUGGGUGGCUGGAGUCUUUGACAAUUUGUAGGGUCCUUCCUCUGACACCACCUGGUAUAGAGGUCCUGGAUGGCAGGGACGUGGACACUGUGGACACUGUGGAACUUGAAGCUCUUGACCCACUCCACUACAGCCCCGUCGAUGUGGAUGGGGGCAUGCUCGGCCCUCCGUUUCCUGUAGUACACGAUCAGCUCCUUUGGCUUGUUGACGUUGAGGGAGAGGUUGUUGUCCUGGCACCACACUGCCAGAUCACUGACCUCCUCCCUAUAGGCUGUCUAUACGGUGCAUUGGAAAGUAUUCAGACCCCUUGACUUUUUCCACAUUUUGUUACAUUUCAGCCUUAUUCUAAAAUUGAUCAAAAUGUUUUUCCCCUUAUCAAUCUACACACAAUAGCCCAUAAUGAAAAAGCAAAAACAGGUUUUUAGAUUUUUUUGCAAACUUAUAAAACUGAAAUAUUACAUUUACAUAAGUAUUCAGACCCUUUGUUGAAGCACCUUUAACAGCGGUUACAGACUUGAGUCUUCUUGGGUAUGACGCUACAAGCUUGGCACACCUGUAACACCAGUAGGAUAAUUGUGCCGGAGGAGAUAACUGUCGUUUUACGGGCUCCUAACCAAUUGUGCAAUUGUGUGUGUUUUUUUCACGUUAUUUGUAACUUAUUUUGUACAUAAUGUUUCUGGCACCGUCUCUUAUGACUGGCACCGUCUCUUCUGGAUAUCAGGACAGCGAUUACUCACCUCGUACUGGAAGAAGAUUUUUUAUUUAACGAAUCGAACGCGAAGGAUUUACUUCAGGCACCCAACAAGGCCCAAAUCCCCAUCAUUCGCAGGAGAAAGAGACAAAGAGAUCGGGGACGUAGGUCGGGGUGCCAUGUAAGGAUCCGCCGGCGAGUGGGUAAUCUGCCUCUACCAUUAGUCCUAUUAGCAAACGUACAAUCAUUGGAUAACAAAAUAGAUGAGCUACGAUUACGAAUAUCCUACCAAACGGACAUUAAAAACUGUAAUAUCUUAUGUUUCACCGAGUCGUGGCUGACUGAAGACAUGGAUAACAUACAGCUGGAGGGAUAUACGCUACAUCGGCAGGAUAGAACGGCUAACUCCUGUAAGACAAGGGGUGGCGGUCUGUGUAUAUUUGUAAACAACCGCUGGUGCACGAAAUCUAAUACUAAUGAAGUCUUGAGGUUUUGCUCGGCUGAGGUAGAGUAUCUCAUGAUAAGCUGUAGCCACACUAUUUACCAAGAGAGUUUUCAUCUGUAUAUUUCGUAGCUGUCUAUUUACCACCACAAACCGAUGCUGGCACUAAGACCGCACUCAAUGAGCUGUAUAAGACCAUAAGCAAACAGGAACGCUCAUCCAGACGCGGUGCUCCUAGUGGCCGGGGACUUUAAUGCAGGGAAACUUACAUCAGUUUUACCUCAUUUCUACCAGCAUGUUAAAUGUGCAACCAGAGGGGAAAAAAAACUCUAGACCACCUUGACUCCACACACAGAGACGCGUACAAAGCUCUCCCUCGCCCUCCAUUUGGCAAAUGUGACCAUAAUUCUAUCCUCCUGAUUCCGUAUUACAAGCAAAAACUAAAGCAGGAAGCACCAGUGACUCGGUCAAUAAAGAAGUGGUCAGAUGACGCAGAUGCUAAGCUACAGGACUGUUUUGCUAGCACAGACAGGAACAUGUUCCGGGAUUCUUCCGAUGGCAUUGAGGAGUACACCACAUCAGUCACUGGCUUCAUCAAUAAGUGCAUAGAUGACGUCGUCCCCAUAGUGACUGUACGUACAGACCCCAAACAGAAGCCAUGGAUUACAGACAACUUUCACACUGAGCUAAAGGGUAGACCUGCCACUUUCAAGGAGCGGGACUCUAACCCGGACGCUUAUAAGAAAUCCCGCUAUGCCCUCCGAUGAACCAUCAAACAGGCAAAGCGUCAAUACAGGACUAAGAUUGAAUAGUACUACACCGGCUCCGACGCUUGUCGGAUGUGGCAGGGCUUGCAAUCUAUUACAGACUACAUAGGGAAGCACAGCCACAAGCUGCCCAGUGACACGAGCAUACCAGACGAGCUAACUUAAUUCUAUGCUCGCUUCGAGGCAAGCAACACUGAAACAUGCAUGAGAGCAUCAGCUGCUCCGGACGACUGUGUGAUCACACACUCCGUAGCCGAUGUGGGUAAGACCUUUAAACAGGUCAGCAUUCACAAAUCCGUAGGGCCAGACGGAUUACCAGGACGUGUACUCAGAGCAUGCGCUGACCAACUGGCAAGUCUCUUCAAUUACAUUUUCAACCUGUCCCUGACCGAGUCUGUAAUACCAACAUGUUUCAAGCAGCCCACCAUAGUCCAUGUGCCCAAGAACACUAAGGUAACGUGCCUAAAUGACUACAGACCCAUAGCACUCAAAUCUGUAGCCAUGAAGUGCUUUGAAAGGCUGGUCAUGGCUCACAUCAACACCAUUAUCCCAGUAACCCUAGACCAACUCCAAUUAGGAUACCGCCCCAACAGAUCCACAGAUGAUGCAAUCUCUAUUGCACUCCACACUGCCCUUUCCGCUUGGACAAAAGGAACACCUACGUGAGAAUGCUAUUCAUUGACUACAGCUCAGCGUUCACCACCAUAGUGCCCUCAAAGCUCAACACUAAGCUAAGGACCCUGGUACAACCUCUAUGAGAUUGGUGUCCCGUUUACGGGAAGGUUGAGCUAACGUGCGCUAAUGUGUUUAGCAUGACUGUUGUAAGUAACAGCAAACUUUAACACCUCCCUCUGCAACUGGAUCCUGGACUUCCUGACGUGCCGCCCCCAGGUGGUAAGGGUAGGUAACAACACAUCUGCCACACUGAUCCUCAACACUGGGUUGAGAAGUGGUAGGCCUACCCUAGUCAAAGACUGUUCUCUCUGCUAAGGCAUCGCAAGCGUUACGGGAGUGCCAAAUCUAGGUCCAAAAGGCUUCUUAACAGCUUCUACCCCCAAGCCACAAGACUCCUGAACAGCUAAUCAAAUGGCUACCCAGACUAUUUGCAUUGUUUUUCUUAAAACUGCAUUGUUGGUUAUGGGCUUGUAAUUAAGCAUUCACAACGAUGCUAAGCACACAGCCAAGACAACGCAGGAGGCUUCGGGACAGGUCUCUGAAUGUCCUUGAGUGGCCCAGCCAGAGCCCUUACUUGAACCCGAUCAAACAUCUCUGGAGAGACCUGAAAAUAGAUGUGCAGCGAAGCUCCCCAUCCAACCUGACAGAGCUUGAGAGGAUCUGCAACAAAGAAUGGGAGAAACUCCCCAAAUAUAUCAAAUACACCUGUAUUAGGCAAAAGGAGGUGUUCUGUCCCAGGCUCCUGAGCUUAAUGAUGAGCUUGGAGGGCACUAUGGUGUUGAACGCUGAGCUAUAGUCCAUGAACAGCAUUCUCACGUAGGUGUUCCUCUUGUCCAGGUGGGAGAGGGCCUUGUGGAGUGCAAUAGAGAUUGUGUCAUCUGUGGAUCUGUUGGAACAGUGUGUGAAUUGGAGUGGGUCCAUGGUGUCUGGGAUGAUGGUAUUUUUGUGAACCAUGACCAGCAUUUCAAAGCAUUUCAUGGCUACAGAUGAUAGUCAUUUAGACAGGUUACCUUGGCGUUAUUGGGCACAGGGACUAUGGUGGUCUGCUUGAAACAUGUACUGUAGGUAUUACAGACUGCGUCAACGAGAGGUGAAAAUAUCAGUGAAGGCACUUGCCAGCUGGCAGCGCAUGCUCUGAGUACGCGUCCUGGUAAUCUGUCUGGCCCUGUUACCAGUUUUAAAGUUCUUACUCACAUAGGCUACAGGGAGUGAGAUCACACAGUCACCCGAAACAUCUGGUGCUCUCAUGCAUGUUUCAGUUUUGCUUGCCUCGAAGCGAGCAUAGAAGGAAUUUAGCUUGUCUAGUUGGCUCGUGUCACUGGGAAGCUCGCGGCUGGGUUUCCCUUUGUACUCCGUGAUAGUUUGCAAGCCCUGCGACAUCUGACGAGCGUCAGAGCCGGCUUAGUAGGAUUCGAUCUUAGUCCUGUAUUGACGUUUUUACUGUUUGAUGGCUCGUCGGUAGUAGUAGUGGGAUUUCUAAUAAGUGUCCGGAUUAGUGUCCCACUCCUUGAAAGUGGCAGCUUUAGCCGUUAGCUCAGUGCAGAUAUUGCCUGUAAUUCAAGGGUUCUGGUUGGGAUAUGUACGCACAGUCACUGUUGGGACGACAUCGUUGAUGCACUUAAACUCCUCAAUGUUAUCGGAUGAAUCACGGAACAUAUUCUAGUCUGUGCUAGCCAAUCAUCCCCUUCUCUAUUGAGCGUGUCACUGGUACUUCAUGUUUGAGUUUUUGCUUGUAAUCAGGAAUCAGGAGGAUAGAGUUAUGGUCAGAUUUGCCACAUGAAGGGCGAGGGAGAGCUUUGUAUGUGUUUCUAUGUGUCGAGUAAAGGUGAUCUAGAGUUGUUUUGCCUCUAGUUGCACAGGUGACAUGCUGGUAAAAAUGAGGUAGGACAGAUUUCAGUUUCCCUGCAUUAAAAUCGCUGGCCACUAGGAGCGCCGCCUCUGGAUGUGCAUUUUAUUGUUCGCUUAUGGCCCUAUACAGCUCGUUGAGUGUGGUCUUAGUGCCAGCAUUAGUUUGUGGUGUUAAAUAGACAGUUACAAAAAAUACAGAUGAAAACUCUCUUGGGCUGCAGUUUAUCAUUACGUUUUUCAACUCAGGCGAGCAAAACCUUGAGACUACCUUAACAUUAGAAAUUGUGCACCAGCUGUUUUUAACAAAGAGAUACAAACCUCCCCCCUUUAACCUUACCCGAAGCUGCCAUUUCGGUCUUGAUGAUGCAUAGAAAAAGUACUAGAUUUAUAUUAUCCAGGUCCUUGUUCAGCCACGACUCCAAGAAACAUAGGAUAUUACAGUUCUUCAGGUUCCGUUGAUAGGAUAGUCUCGAACGGAGCUCGUCCAGUUAGUUCUCUAGUGAUUGUACGUUCGCCAAUAGAACUGAGGGUAGAGGCGGUUUACUUACUCGUCAACGCAGUCUCAUCAGGGAGCCCUCUCGUUUGCCUCUCUUGCGUCGUCUCUUCCUCUUUCGAGUCCCGGGGAUUAGGGCCUGGUCCGGGAUGAGCAGUAGUGUUCUGAUGUCCAGAAACUGUUUUUGGUCAUAGGAAAUGAUGGCGGAAUGAUUCUGUACAAAAAAAGUUUAGAUCAGCGUAAGAAAAACUGAAAAUAGUACAAUUGGUCAGGAGCCCGUAAGACGGCAGCUAUCCAUCUCUUCAGCGCUAUCAGAGUUCUCUGUCCCUUGAAAUCAGCCCGCUAUUACCAAUUGACACUCUUUCAGUUAGCUUCAAUCCUACGGACUAUAUCCCACCAUGUUAAUAUCAUAAUGAGUUGUGUUUUUGAAACAUAUAUUUUCAUGAGUGUUUUAGGAUAUGUCAGACGUACAUUUCCAUAGCAGCCACACACAGCAUCCGUGUGGUGAGUGGAUCAAUGACCCAGCAGGAAUUAAUUUAAAUGAUGGCACUUGUAAAGCUGUCAGAACAUCAUAGUAACGAGGGAGGGAUAAUGUUGACAGCAAUAAAAGACAGAGGACAUGCACCUUAUAGCCUUAUAGUACUGAAUUGCAAUAAGUCUGAACUGCACGGCAAGCCACUAACACAUCGCCUCACCACCACUUUUCGCAUCACAGCCGUCAGGCUCUCUUUUCCCCUAACACAAUAUGGGGCACAUUUUCAGUGAUAGACCUAGAUCAGGAAUGGGCAACUGGCGGCCCUCCUUUUGAAGGCCCUCAGAUCAACUUACUGUUGUGAGUUAGAAUAGUACAAUGCACAAGGUGCAAUUUUGACAUUUGGUUGUGCAUAAGCCAUUUUUCUUGUUAUGUCAGUCACUGAUAGUCAAUUUGCCUAUGUCAGCAAAAAAAGUUUUGAUUGGUAAGUCAAGCGGCCAGCUUUCUAAACAUAGUAAUCAUGGUCGAAUUACCGGCCAGGGGGCCCCCAUUGAUUUUGUUAAUCAGUCUCACUCAGAUAUCAUAUUAAAAACUGUAGAAUUGCAGGACAUUUUCUUUAAAACUGCAACAUUUUCUCUACGCCACAUGACAAAAUGUGUCAAAUUUCACUAAAUGGAUGUGGGUACGCAGACUCGCGAGCAACUGUGGCCCCUUAUGAUUUUUUGUGGCCCCCACCCCUAUCAAAGUUGUCCAUCCCUGGCCUAGAUGAUUUCCAGGCCAUAGAGACCAUGGCAUCUACAGAAAACAUACACUAUUAUUAGGCCGGGAAUCAUAAGGGCUAUCAUUAGAUUUUCCUCAUUAGUAGUAGAGAUUAAAGUAGCAGAGUUAUUACACAGUGAAUAAUUCAGUAGAGUGAGAUUUGUUGACCAGGUCUGCGUCCCAAAUGGCACCCUAUUCCUUAUAUAGUGUGCUAGUUUUGACCAGGGCCCAAAGAGCUUUGGUCAAACGAAGUGCACUAAAUAUGGAAUAGGGUGCCAUUUGGGACAAAGCCCAGGUCUCCUGUCUGCUUCUCACCCCUGUGUCUGUUAGUACAAGUAGCUAGGUGAAGGGCAUAAACAAGCUGUAGAGAAAAAAGGUUUCUUGGGCAAUGAUUAGGAGUUUGUUGUGCUAAAUCAUCUCUUUAAAGGGACUUGUGGUUAGUCUCCUGCUGAGAUAGAGAUGGGUUAGGUUGAGGAAGGAAUCUUCUACAUGUUCACUCCAAAUUAAGUAUGAUGAAUAGGUUUUGUGUUAUCUUGCCCUGUUGAGAAUCUCAAAUGUCUUCAAGGGAAAACUUUUUUGUCAUGAAUUCACAACUUGGGGAGGCCUCAUGAGCAAUAUUCAGAGCUGCUGUGAUUCAUUCCAAAGAUCCAAAUAAAUUCACAGAAAGGGUUCUGCUUUCAAGCUUACACUAGACGUUAAUCUUUAGUGGUAAGAUUAUGCGUGUAAACAGAGAGAAUAUGUCAGGGCUGUAAUAGAAUGGCUGGGGUUUAUGUCACUGAUUAUUUGGACGAAUCAGGAUUGGACGAAGGCGGUGCUUAAUUAAAAAAAUUAGGGGCAGUGAUUUCAAGCCUGUGUGCUGCAGUAAUUAGUUAGUGGAAGGAGGCAGGGAAGAUGGAAGAAGCAAGUUAGCGUUUUUCAUCAUGAAUCUUGUUCUGGAGGUAGGUCUUCAGAGUGGUCACUAGCUGGCACAGCCAAAAUGUCAUCAAAUCCGUAAUGCCUAACCCUAACCUUAAAUUAAGACCAAAAAGCUAAUUUUAGUUUUCAUGAAUUUUUACAAUAUAGCCAAUUUUGACUUUGCAGCUGGUCUAUCUAAGGGGAAAUCACUCAGUUCUGCCUCCAGGACAAGACUCGUGACAAUAAACCUGCAUGGAGUUAAGGGAAUACUAUUAAGGGAAAAACUAUUUUCAAGACUACUUCAAGAACCGCCUACUCGUCUAUUUUGCAUUAAUGAAUGCAAGCAAAGCAUUCAUUUUCUUAUGUGACACACCAGAGGAGGAAAAAGCUACUUUUGCAUUUUCACUUGUCAGUGUGUCAAAGGACUGAACACAAUAAAAUAACAAUGACUUGCAUGCAUACAACUUUACUUAGGCAAAAUUAAAUAUCAUUUGGGGGCAUUGCAUAGAUUUUACUUUGAGUACUAGCAAACCCCCAAAUCCUAAUUUCUGCCAUGUUCUAUUUCUCUCAAGAUUUUCAAAACAGUAAAACAAAAAUGGUUUUGUAUGCUGGUCCACAAUACCCAUAAUGCCCAGCACUUUAUGGGGACAAUCCAUUAUGCAUUCACUUGAUACAUUAAAUAUGUGUGCAAAUCAUAAACCUUCCUUUACUGAUUGCAAUAUAUCUUAGUGUGGUAUCUUAUACAUGUUUUAUUUAACCUUUAUUUUAACAGGGAAUAUAUAUUGAGACCUAGGUCUCAUUUACAAAUGUGCCCUGAAUAUACAACAUUAAUAUACACAUUAUACCCAAACUAUAUAUACACAUUUAAAUACAAAAACACAGUCAUGGGAAGCACAAAUAAUCCGUAACAAAUCACCCAGAAAAAGAGUGACAUUCCUCCACAAAUAAGUCACCAAUCAAUACUUAAAAUUGCCUGAACAGCACCACAGAACAUCAAGAUGAAAUGUAUUUAGAAUUUUGUUCCAGCAAUACGGUGCAAUAAAACUAAAAGCAAAUGUACCUUGCUCAGUGGAGACCCUAGGAACCUCAAGAGUUAACCAAUCCUGUGAAUGGGUUAAGCAACUCAGGUGUCUAUACUUCAACAGCCAGCCAACCUUUUGAUACAGGAUGCAGUGAUGAGUAUCUGUCACGCCCUGGCUGUGGGACUCUGUUAUGUUGAGCCAGGGUGGGUUGUUUCUAUGUGUUUUGUGUGCUAGGUUGUUUAUCUAGUUCAUUUGUUUCUAUGUUGGCCGGUGUGGUUCUCAAUCAGAGGCAACGUGAAUCAGCUGUUGCUUGUUGUCUCUGAUUGGGAGCCAUACUUAGGUAGCCUGUUUUUCCACAGUGUUUGUGGGAUCUUGUUCCGUGUUUGGUUAGUGUCUAUUGCCAAGGACGUCACGUAUCGUUUUGUUCGUGUGAUCAUUAAAAAUAAAAGUAUGUUCGCAUUCCACGCUGCGCCUUGGUCCUCUGUGUUCGACGAUCAUGACAGAAGAUCCCACCAUAACUGGACCAAGCAGCAUGUCCAGGAGCCAACGCCAGAGAGGGCUCUAAAGGAUAUCAACCUCGACUGGGUCAAGCAGCGUGAGGAAGAGAGAGGCUGGACUUGGGAGCAGAGGAGCGAGAGUCUGGCGAGAGCCAUGGAGGCCUGGCCCACGGGGAGGAGAGACGCCCAGAAAAUGUUUAGGGGGGGGCUCACGCCGUGGACGACGGGGCAGCAGGAGGCCGGGAUAGAGUGGUUCAGCUGGUUGGCAAAGGAGGCCGCCAGGUUACGGGAGUCACUGGUCACCAGGGGGAAGGAGAAUGUAGAGGCACGGCGAGAGGUACUGGGGUGUGUUGCCAGUCCGGUCUGGCCCGUUCCUGAUCCCCGCGUAGGGCCAGUGGUGUGUGUCCCCAGUACGGUCCGGCUUGUUCCUGUCCCUCGCACCGAGACUGUGGUGCGCGUCGCCAGCCCGGCCCGGCCUGUUCCUGCUCCCCGCACCAAGCCAAUGGUGCGCGUCGCCAGCCCGGCCCGGCCCGUUCCUGCUCCCCGCACCAAGCCUGUGGUGCGCAUCGUCAGCCCGGUCCGGCCCGUUCCUGCUCCCCGCACCAAGCCUGUGGUGCGCUUCGUCAGCCCGGUCCAGCCCGUUCCUGCUCCCCGCACCAAGCCUGUGGUGCGCUUCGUCAGCCCGGUUCGCCCCGUCCCUGCUCCCCGCACCAAGCCUGUGGUGCGCUUCGUCAGCCCGGUUCGGCCCGUCCCUGCUUCCCGCACCAAGCCUGUGGUGCGCGUCGUCAGUCCGGCACAGCCCGUGCCUGGGUCACCGGUACCUGGUCAGGUACCGUUCAGCUUCUCCACAUCGGAGCCUGAGCGAUCCGCUCCACCGAUGUCCAGUCCAGAUCCAGCCAGCAGGGCCAGACCGGAACCGCCUCCGAGGAGGAAUGCCCACCCGGCCUUCCCCUGUUCGGUUUAUGUUUGGCGCGGUUGCAGUCCGCGCCUUUGGGGGGGGGUACUGUCACGCCCUGGCUCUGGGACUCUGUUAUGUUGAGCCAGGGUGGGUUGUUUUUAUGUGUUUUGUGUGCUAGGUUGUUUAUCUAGUUCAUUUGUUUCUAUGUUGGCCGGUGUGGUUCUCAAUCAGACGUGAAUCAGCUGUUGCUUGUUGUCUCUGAUUGGGAACCAUACUUAGGUAGCCUGUUUUUCCACAGUGUUUGUGGGAUCUUGUUCCGUGUUUGGUUUGUGUCUAUUGCCAAGGACGUCACGUAUCGUUUUGUUCGUGUGAUCAUUAAAAAUAAAAGUAUGUUCGCAUUCCACGCUGCGCCUUGGUCCUCUGUGUUCGACGAUCGUGACAGUAUCAAAACUGUCACAUGUAACAAAACAAAGGGCACUAUGGUAGAUGGCAUCCAAAGGUUUAAGAGUAGUAGCAGCUGCAUCUUGAUAAAUAAUAUCACCAUAAUCAAGGACAGAUAGAAAGGUUGACUGAAUAAUCUGCUUCCUACUCCUUAGAGAAAGGCACAAUCUGUUUCUGUAGAAAAAGCCAACUUUAAACCUUAGCUUCUUAACCAGCUCAACUAUAUGUUUUUUAAACGUCAAAUCCAUAUCAAUACACAUGCCUAAGUAUUUAUAUGCAGGAAAACGUUAGAUUGGAGAACCAUCUAAUGAGUGAACGUGUAGUUCAUUUGAAACAUUUUUACGAGAGUUUGAAAAGAACAUCUAUUUAGUGUUAGUAUGAAGCACCAUUUUUAAAUCAGUAAGGGAUUCCUGAAUAGCUAUAAAAUCUGACUGUAGUUUUGAUAUAACCAGAUCAACAGCUGGGGCAAUAGCAUACAUAAUAGUAUCAUCCGCAUAUACAGUGGGGAAAAAAAGUAUUUAGUCAGCCACCAAUUGUGCAAGUUCUCCCACUUAAAAAGAUGAGAAAGGGCUGUAAUUUUCAUCAUAGGUACACGUCAACUAUGACAGACAAAAUGAGUUUUUUUUUUCUCCAGAAAAUCACAUUGUAGGAUUUUUAAUGAAUUUAUUUGCAAAUUAUGGUGGAAAAUAAGUAUUUGGUCAAUAACAAAAGUUUCUCAAUGCUUUGUUAUAUAGCCUUUGUUGGCAAUGACACAGGUCAAACAUUUUCUGUGAGAGCCAGAAAUCUUGCUUGUUUGUAGGUGACCAAAUACUUAUUUUCCACCAUAAUUUGCAAAUAAAUUCAUUAAAAAUCCUACAAUGUGAUUUUCUGGAUUUUUUUUUCUCAUUUUGUCUGUCAUAGUUGACGUGUACCUAUGAUGAAAAUUACAGGCCUCUCUCAUCUUUUUAAGUGGGAGAACUUGCACAAUUGGUGGCUGACUAAAUACUUUUUUCCCCCACUGUAGAUUAUUAUUAUAUAUUUUUUUUUACAGAUUGACCAAUGGUGUUUAUAUAAAUAGUGAAGAGAACAGGUCCCAAAAUCGACCCCUGUGGUACACCUUUAUGUACUUCAAGAAAUUCAGACUUAACCCCAGUUCUGUCACUAAGAUAAUCAUGAAACCAUGAACAGGCGCCAGAGCUGAGGCUGGACAACAUAUUUUCAAUAUAACAGUAUCAAAAGCUUUUGACAGGUCCACAAAAAAGUGGCACAUAUAAUUGUAGUGUCUAAUGCAUUGACAAUACUAUUAACAACUAACGUGGUUGCUGUAAUACUGCUAUGCCCAGGCAUAAACCCAGAUUAGUUUACAUUCAAAAUACAUUUCUCAGAUUAAAAAAGAGCAAAGUUGUACAUUUACCAAGGAUUCAAGAUGGAAGCCUUGAAAUUUGGCAAUAAUUAUUAAGAUCACUACUAUCCACACCCUAAUGGAGUGGCAGCACAAGAGCUGAUUUCCAUACUUUUGGAACAUUUCCUGCUAACAAUGUUAAAAAGAAAAUGUGAGUUAUGUACAAGCUGUACAAAAACCACCACUAACUUGAUAACAAAAAAAUCUAUAUAUAGUGCAUCAGCAAUGCAUAGCCACAGGAAAUAGAGGUGCUGGGGGUGCUGCAGCAAAUCAUUUUGCCAACAUUUUCUUUAUGACCGACAUAAAUAAAAUCAUUCAAAAUACUACACGAGAGAGCAUCAUUUAGCCACAGAGGAUCAAUAGCUUUUAAAAAAAAAGUGUUUUACUACAAGCACUUACAGUCGGGCAAAUAUAGAACAGAUUGUAUUGUGGCUAUAGACAUAAUUUUUUACAUUUACAUUUUAGUCAUUUAGCAGACGCUCUUAUCCAGAGCGACUUCCAAUUAGUGAGUGCAUACAUUUUUCAUACUGCCCCCCCCCCCCCCCAUAUAAGAAUGUUGUAGCCUCUAACCCUGGCACUUUGACUGUUAAGAUCAUGGGUAAACUAGCACUGGUUUCCAGUCCUGACUUGAAUGGGAAUUGCCAUCUAUGGAUUAUAUUUCUAUGGUUGGUUGCAGCUGUCAAUUUGCACAGUCAGUGUCACUGGAAAGUGUAUUUAUUCUAAAUAAGAAUAGAAUAUGUUUCUGAACACUUCUACAUUAAUGUGGAUGCUGUAAUUUCUAAACGGUUCACCCGAUAUGGAUGAAAAUACCCUCCAAAUAAAGAUGUGCUAUGCAGCAAUCGCUCCGUCAUUUCCUGGUUGCUAAAAUUCUAAUAGUUUGCCUAAUUUCAGUUUAUGUGACAAAACAAUAAAGUAUAUUGUAGAGAAUAAUUUUACCACCUAAACCGCUGUGAAAUAAUGUAUAUUUUCCAUAACCAAGCUGAAGCUGGUGUACAAAACCAAAGUAAAAGACGCAAAAAUGAAAAAACGGGAAGCGUAGAAAUAUCACAAAUAGAACAGAUCUACUGCUUCUUAUACUUGAUUUCAAUGAGAAUGACAGAUCUAUAACUCACAUUUCUAUAUUCAUUUUGUCAGGUCGACCAAAAAGUUAUAUAUUACAGCUUUAAAGCUGACAGUCUGCAUUUUAACCUCAUAGUCAUUGUACCAUUUCAAAUCCAAGUGCUGGAGUACAGAGUCAAAACAACAACAACAUGUCCACUGUCCCAAUAAUUUUGUAACUCACUUCAGAAAGUAUUCACGCCUAGGGCUGUGGCGGUCACAAAAUUUUGUCAGCCGGUAACUAUCGAUCUCACGGUAAUUGACCGUUAAUUAACAUAAACACAUUUAGCCUGUCCUGGCUUCCACACAUAGCCUACAAGCCACUGAAGCAGACUUUUGGAACAUCUACAUUUAAAAAAGUCUAAUAAAUCUGUGUAAUAUGGCCUACACCUUCACAAUAAAUCCAUUAUUUAUUUUAGACAGGUCUGAAAAGCAUGAAAUUAAGAAAAUGUAGUCUAUUUUAGUGGUUAACAAAGAAAUACGUACUCCUAUAUGCUUAAUUUAGAGUUGUUCAUGUAACUUUAGUUGUUCUACAAACAUUGGGCUAUAUGUUUAGAUUUGUAAUACAUUGCAAGGCUGCAUGAUGAGACUAAUGUUUGUGAUGAUUUUAAAAAAGUCGCUUGAAAGGCAUGAGCUCUGCUUUGUUUUUUUGCGCAGGCUGUACACACUUCAAUAGUCUCUCAUUCACAAUUAGACAAGCACUUGAUAAUGCCUCAAAUUUCAUAGCAGCAUCCCCUUUGUGGCCGUAAUGCACCCUAAAACAAUCAAUGCCUUUUGCGACCCAGAGUGCUGCGCAAUCCCUGAGUGCUGCGCAAUCUGAAGCGCCUCUCAUGCACAUGGCUCUCCAUCACCUUAUCAGGUCUUUCUCACAGGCUACAAGUGAAGACAGACACAUCGGGGACGCAACUGCGCGCAUCCUUAUCCAAUUCCGAGGUGCAUAUUAAAUAUAUUGGAAGAACUGUCCACAUUUACUUUUCGUCAGCCAACAAGAUGAGUAGGCCUAACGAACAGCAAAAGCGCUAGCCUAUGUCAAUCUACUAUCCCCCAUAGUACAAACGUUGACCUAUUCUAUUCUGUGCAAUAAAUAAAUAUUCCAAACAUAGUCUGGGAUAGUUGUGGGGUGCAAUAGAUCCCAAAUUAAUACAACCACUAGCAUCCCCAAAAACGUUUUUACGCAAUGUGACUGACGCAACAGAUCAGAACGUUUAGCUUAAAACGUUGAUCAACUAUUAGGCUAUUUCUUCACAUUAUAAGCACAGCAAUGCACACAUGGCAGUAGGCUACAAGCGCGAAUGUUCCAUUAGUGGGAAAACACCAUCAUCAAAAGAGACCGCAAAUGCGAUUAUGCAUGUAAUGCUUUUAUUAUAAAGGUGCAUUUUUACGGUGAAAAUGAUCUUCCCCAAACUUGAAACUCAUGCGCUGCUUAUGUAUGCCAGAUAGGCUCUAAACCCCUUGUAAAGCGGAUUAAUGUGCUUAAUUUUAAGAAGUUAUUUUUAUCAUAGGUACACUUCAACUGUGAGAGACGGAAUCUAAAACAAAAAUCCAGAAAAUCACAUUGUAUGAUUUUUAAGUAAUUAAUUUGCAUUUUAUUGCAUGACAUAAGUAUUUGAUCACCUACCAACCAGUAGCCGGCCGCGACCGGGAGACCCAUGGGGCGGCGCACAAUUGGCCCAGCGUCGUCCAGGGUAGGGGAGGGAAUGGCCGGCAGGGAUGUAGCUCAGUUGGUAGAGCAUGGCGUUUGCAACGACAGGGUUGUGGUUUUGAUUCCCACGGGGGACCAGUAUGAAAAUAAAUAAAUAUAUAUACAUAUAUAUAUAAUAAGUAAUGUAUGCACUAACUGUAAGUCGCUCUGGAUAAGAGCGUCUGCUAAAUGACUAAAAUCUAAAAUGUAAAUGUAAGAAUUCCGGCUCUCACAGACCUGUUAGUUUUUCUUUAAGAAGCCCUCCUGUUCUCCACUCAUUACCUCUAUUAACUGCACCUGUUUGAACUCGUUACCUGUAUAAAAGACACCUGUCCACACACUCAAUCAAACAGACUCCAACCUCUCCACAAUGGCCAAGACCAGAGAGCUGUGUAAGGACAUCAGGGAUACAAUUGUAGACCUGCACAAGGCUGGGAUGGGCUACAGGACAAUAGGCAAGCAGCUUGGUGAGAAGGCAACAACUGUUGGCGCAAUUAUUAGAAAAUGGAAGAAGUUCAAGAUGACGGUCAAUCACCAUCGGUCUGGGGCUUCAUGCAAGAUCUCACCUCGUGGGGCAUGAAUGAUCAUGAGGAAGGUGAGGGAUCAGCCCAGAACUACACGGCAGGACCUGGUCAAUGACCUGAAGAGAGCUGGGACCACAGUCUCAAAGAAAACCAUUAGUAACACACUACGCCGUCAUGGAUGAUUAAAAUCCUGCAGCGCACACAAGGUCCCCCUGCUCAAGCCAGCGCAUGUCCAGGCCCGUCUGAAGUUUUCCAAUGACCAUCUGGAUGAUCCAGAGGAGGAAUGGGAGAAGGUCAUGUGGUCUGAUGAGACAGAAAUAGAGCUUUUUGGUCUAAACUCCACUCACCGUGUUUGGAGGAAGAAGAAGGAUGAGUACAACCCCAAGAACACCAUCCCAACCGUGAAGCGUGGCAGUGGAAACAUCAUUCUUUGGGGAUGCUUUUCUGCAAAGGGGACAGGACGACUGCACCAUAUUUAGGGGAGGAUGGAUGGGGCCAUGGAUCGCGAGAUCUUGGCCAACAACCUCCUUCCCUCAGUAAGAGCAUUGAAGAUGGGUCGUGGCUGGGUCUUCCAGCAUGACAACGACCCGAAACACACAGCCAGGGCAACUAAGGAGUGGCUCCGUAAGAAGCAUCUCAAGGUCCUGGAGUGGCCUAGCCAGUCUCCAGACCUGAACCCAAUAGAAAAUCUUUGGAGGGAGCUGAAAGUCUGUAUUGCCCAGCGACAGCCCCGAAACCUGAAGGAUCUGGAGAAGGUCUGUAUAGAGGAGUGGGCCAAAAUCCCUGCUGCAGUGUGUGCAAACCUGGUCAAGACCUACAGGAAACGUAUGAUCUCUGUAAUUGCAAACAAAGGUUUCUGUACCAAAUAUUAAGUUCUGCUUUUCUGAUGUAUCAAAUACUUAUGUCAUGCAAUAAAAUGCAAAUUAAGUACUUAAAAAUCAUACAAUGUGAUUUUCUGGAUUUUUGUUUUAGAUUCCGUCUCUCACAGUUGAAGUGUACCUAUUAUAACAAUUACAGACCUCUACAUGCUUUGUAAGUAGGAAAACCUGCAAAAUCAGCAGUGUAUCAAAUACUUGUUCUCCCCACUGUAUGUGUGAAAUUUGUUUAGAUUUAGAAUGGACCAUUAUCAUGAACCUGUCUCAAAACAGUGGCAGCGGAAAAAAUAUGUCAUAUAUGCACUUAAAUCGUGAAUGGAGGAUGCUUUUCCUGUGGUUAAUUUUCAUGCCAGCCAGGUAGGCUAUACUCCUAUUGUAAAGAUAAACAAUGUGCUUAAUAUUAAGAAAGUAGAGAAAUAAAUAUAGUAUGCCUAGUCUAUAGAAAGCUGAUGGGAUCCUCCUCUAUUUAGUAGAGGCCAUCACUCUGUUUUCUCGCGCAAUUGCAAAGCCUUUAGAAAUGUUGCGCAACAUGAGCUUUGAUUCGAUUUUUGAAACAUUAGCAUUUAUGUCAGAGUGAUUAGAGGGACAAUAGAGUGCUGAUUACCAGGCAGUUAGCAAGUUUGGUAGGCUACUAAUGACCAUCAUCAGCAUCAGAACUUGGAGAAGCCUAAUUACCUUGACUAAACGGUUAUGUGGAAUUUGACUGCCUUCAUGACUUGUGACCGCCGGUGUGGUGUUAAUACGGACACCGCAACAGCCCUAUUCACGACCCUAGACUUUUUCCACAUUUUGUUGUGUUACAGCCUGAAUAUAAAAUUGAUAAAAUUGAUUGAAACGCAAUACCCCAUAAUGUCAAAGUGGACAUUUUUUGUUGUUGAAAUGUUUACAAAUGGUCCUCUGUAGCUCAAUUGGUAGAGCAUGGUGCUUGUAACGCCAGGGUAUUGGGUUCGAUUCCCGGGACCACCCAUACCUAAAAAUGUAUGCACACAUGACUGUAAGUCGCUUUGGAUAAAAGCGUCUGCUAAAUGGCAUAUUAUAUUAUUAAAAGCUGAAAUGUCUUGAGUCAGUAAGUAUUCAACCCCUUUGCUAUGGCAUGCCUAAUUAAGUUCAGGAUCAAAAAAUUGCUUAACAAGUCACAUAAGUUGCAUGGACUCACUCUGUGUGCAAUAAUAGAGUUUAAUAUGAUUUUUGAAUGACAAGCUCCUCUCUGUAUCCCACACAUACAAUUAUCUAUAAGGUCCCUCAGUCGAGCAGUGAAUUUCAAUCACAGACACAACCACAAAGACCAGGGAGGUUUUCCAAAGACUCACAAAGAAGGGCUCCUAUUGGUAGAUGGGUAAAAAAAAAAGCAGACAUUGAAUGUCCGUUUGAGCAUGGUGAAGUUAUUAAUUACACUUUGAGCGGUGUAUCAAUACAUCAAGUCACUACAAAGAUACAGGCAUCCUUCCUAACUCAGAUGCCGUAGAGGAAGGAAACCUCUUAGGGAUUUCACCAUGAGGCCAAUGGUGACUUUAAAACAGCUAAAGAGUUUAAUGGCUGUGAUAAAAAACUGAGGAUGGAACAACAACAUUGUAGUUACUCUCCAAUACUAACCUAAUUGACAGAGUGAAAAGAAGAAAGCCUGUACAGAAUACAAAUAUUCCAAACAUGCAUCCUGUUUGCAAUAAAAAUAUGGCAAACAAUUCACUUUUUGUCCUGAAUACAAAGUGAAUUGUUUGGGGCAUAUCCAAUACAACACAUUACUGAGUACCACUCUCCAUAUUUACAAGCACAGUGGUGGCUGCCUGCAUCAUGUUAUGGUAUGCUUGUAAUUGUUAAGGACUGGGGAGUUUUUCAGAAAAAAAAAGAAGAAAAGGAAUGGAGCUAAGAACAGGCAACAUCCUAGAGGAAAACCUGGUUCAGUCUGCUUUUCACCAGACACUGGGAGAUUAACUCACUUUUCAGCAGGCCAAUAACCUAAAAUACAACGUCAAAUCUACACUGGAGUUGCUUACCAAGAAGACAGUGAAUGUUCCUGAGUGGCCACGUUACAGUUUGACGUAAAUCUACUUGAAAAUCUAUGGCAAGACCUGAAAAUGGUUGUCUAGCAAUGAUCAACAACCAAUUUGACAGAGCUUGAAGAUUUUUUAAAAGAAUAAUGCGCAAAUGUUGCACAAUCCAGGUGUUGAAAUCUCAUAGAGACUUACCCAGAAAGACUCACAACUGUAAUUGCUGCCAAAGGUGUUUCUACAAAGUAUUAACUCAGGAGUGUGGAUAUUUAUGUAAAAUAGAUAUUUAUUUAUUUCAUUUUCAAUACAUUUGCAAACAUUUUUAAAAACAUGUUUUCACUUUGUCAUUAUGGGGGAUUGUGUGUAGAUGGGUGAGAAAAAACAUCUAUUAAUCCAUUUUGAAUUCAGUCUGUAACACAACAAAAGUCAAUGGGUAUGAAAACUUUCUGAAGGCACUGUAUAUAUAUGGCGCCGGACCAGGGUUUCUGUUAUGAAAAUGUGGCACCGGACAUUUGACAGGCAGCAUUUUAAUUUUCCAGACAUUUGAGAAAUGUAAUGGACCCAUAUGCAUUGGGUGUGUAACCUGAUUAGGGCAUCUACCCAUGGUGCUCAGAAUGACAUAAAUCACAUUUAGAUUAUGGUAAUUCAUAUUAAUAGAACAUGCAAGUCGAGGAUGCAACAAAGUGCAUCCUUCUUACCGAAUUCCGAUGCACUGUAUAUACAGUUGAAGUCGGAAGUUUACAUACACCUUAGCCAAAUACAUUUAAACUCAGUUUUUCACAAUUCCUGACAUUUAAUCCUAGUAAAAAUUCCCUGUUUUAGGUCAGUUAGGAUCACCACUUUAUUUUAAGAAUGAGAAAUGUCAGAAUAAUAGCAGAGCGAAUGAUUGAUUUCUUUCAGCUUUUAUUUAUUUCAUCACAUUCCCAGGGGGUCAGAAGUUCACAUACACUCAAUUAGUAUUUGGUAGCAUUGCCUUUAAAUUAUUUAACCUUUGUCAAACGUUUCGGGUUCCACAAGCUUCCCACAAUAAGUUGGGUGAAUUUUGGCCCAUUCCUCGUGACAGAGCUGGUGUAACUGAGUCAGGUUUGUAGGCCUCCUUGCUCGCACACGCUUUUUCAGUUCUGCCCACAUAAUUUCUAUAGGAAUGAGGUCAGGGCUUUGUGAUGGCCACUCCAAUACCUUGACUGUGUUGUCCUUAAGCCAUUUUGCCACAACUUUGGAAAUAUGCUUGGGGUCAUUGUCCAUUUGGAAGACCACUUGCGACAAACCUUUAACUUCCUGACUGAUGUCUUGAGAUGUUGCUUCAAUAUAUCCACAUAAUUUUCCUUCCUCAUGAUGCCAUCUAUUUUGUGAAGUACACCAGUCUCUCCUGCAGCAAAGCACCCCCACAGCAUGAUGCUGCCACCCCCGUGCUUCACGGUUGGGAUGCUGUUCUUCGGCACCCACCUUUUUCCUCCAAACAUAACAAUGGUCAUUAUGGCCAAACAGUUCUAUUUUUGUUUCAUCAGACCAGAGGACAUUUCUCCAAAAUGUAUGAUCUUUGUCCCCAUGUGCAGUUGCAAACCGCAGUCUGGCUUUUUUAUGGCGGUUUUGGAGCAGUGGCUUCUUCCUUGCUGAGCGGCCUUUCAGGUUAUGUCGAUAUAGGACUUGUUUUACUGUGGAUAUAGAUACUUGUGUACCUGUUUCCUCCAUCUUCACAAGGUCCUUUGCUGUUGUUCUGGAAUUGAUUUGCACUUUUCGCACCAAAGUACAUUCAUCUCUAGGAGAAGGAACGUGUCUCCUUCCUGAGCGGUAUGGUGUUUAUACUUGCGUACUAUUGUUUGUACAGAUGAACGUGGUACCUUCAGGUGUUUGGAAAUUGCUCCCAAGGAUAAACCAGACUUGUGGAGGUCUACAAUAUUUGUUCUGAGUUCUUGGCUGAUUUCUUUUGAUUUUCCCAUGAUGUCAAGCAAAGAGGCAGCUUCUAAAGCUAUGACAUCAUUUUCUGGAAUUUUCCAAGCUGUUUAAAGGCACAGUCAACUUAGUGUAUGUAAACUUCUGACCCACUGGAAUUGUGAUACAGUGAAUUAUAAGUGAAAUAAUCUGUCUGUAAACAAUUGUUGGAAAAAUUACUUGUGUCAUGCACAAAGUAGAUGUCCUGAUCGACUUGCCAAAACUAUAGUUUGUAAACAAGAAAUUUGUGGAGUGGUUGAAAAAUGAGUUUGAAUGAUUCCAACCUAAAUGUAGGUUAACUUCCGACUUCAACUGUAUGUUUAACACACGAUUGCAUUUAGAAUUGUUGCGCAAUGAUUGGGCUUAUAAAAGCGCUGUCUGACAGAUUUUCCGCUCAAAGGCUCUAUAGCUGUAUGCUGUGUGCUAUGUGCAUGUGAUCAAUAAGAUACAUAACGAAUAUACAUGUGCCAAUUUAAUUCUACUAAAUUCUGCAAAUUAACCCAUAGACUGAUAAGCUUGACCUGUCAAAUGUAUUUCCAUAUACUGGUAUUUUAGGCUAAAAAGCAUUAUUUCGCAAAAGUUUUUUUUUUUUUUCUUCUCCAGGACAAUUGGCUGGUGGUAUACAAUAAUAAUAAGGAUAAAAAAAUUAAUAAUAAUAAUAAUAAUAAUAAUAAUAAUAAUAAUAAUAAUAACAAUAAUAAAAAAUUGCAUCCUACCUAAAUUGCGAGUUGCACAGUAGCCUGCAUUUUGUGUGGUAUUAAAAAAGAUUCUGCUAAUGUCUUCUAUCAUGUAAGUGACGUAGAAUGCAUGAAAUGUGUUUAUAAAAGGCCCAUUACUUUCCACACCCUGCAAAAAUGUUUUCGCCAUUUGUGGAAAUCCUAAAACACGUCUGCUCAACUGUAUGCUAUGCAAAUGCAAUUAUACAUUUUAGUCAUUUAGCAGACGCUCUUAUCCAGAGCGACUUACAGGAGCAAGUAGGGUUAAGUGCCUUGCUCAAGGGCACAUCGACAGAUUUUUCACCUUGUCGGCUCGGGGAUUAGAACCAGCAACCUUUCGGUUACUGGCACUACGCUCUUAACCACUAAGCUACCUGCCGCAUGCAAUGUGUUACCAACUCAAAACAUCUUCCCUCGGGUAUGCAGCAAUGUACAUUGUUAUUACAAGGAAAUAAAAGCCCAGAGAGCCUUUGGGAUAAUGCAACAAGACUUGUCCGCUCAAUACUUAGAUAAUGUCCUACAAUCCCAAUGCUGAGCAAUUGUUAUCUGCAAGAAAAACUGCUACCAGUUGACGAGCCAUAAAUCAAGUCCUGCUCCUUCCUCUCAAUCACUAAUAAACCCUCCCCGCUGAGCUCAGCAGCAUCCUCUCUCUCUCUCUCUCUCUCUCUCUCUCUCUCUCUCUCUCUCUCUCUCUCUCUCUCUCUCUCUCUCUCUUUUUCUCUAAUCAUGGCAGACCUCACUUUAAUAGCUAUGAAUGACUCUGUGACACAAAAGUUGUAGUUUUGGAGAGUUCCUGUGAUGAACAUAGAAAGAGUGUGUCACAGUAUUUCCUUGACAACAGUUGAUGGGGAAGUGUACACUACAGCUUGACAAAGGAGAAGUAAUUAUAGAACAACUGAAAACAGUACAGCAUGUUGCUUUUCCAGCAUUCCAUAAGUGGGAGAACCAAAGCAGGUAUACAGUGUAUUAGGGUUAUGAUGUUGAGCAAUUUAUGAAACUUUCAGUCUUUGAAAAAGGCAGCCAUAUUGCUGUAACAUCAUAGUGGAAUAUAGUAUUUAAUUCAUUACAUUAUAAAUGGAAGGAAAGAAAACAUUUAUCUCUCCCUUUCUCUCUUUCUCAAUCUCGGUGUGCCCGUGUGUAUGUGUGUGAUGUGUGUGUGUGUGUGUUUCCACUUCUGUCACAGGAAAUCACACACAGCCUUUGUUCAAGAUCACAUUCACCCCCAUACACCUAACCCACUUUGAUAUGGGUUUCAUUGGACCCACAUAAAGCUGGAAUGGUCUCUGGGCUUAUGGUGUAUUUACAAAGGCUGUGGCUCAGUGGGACACCACUGUGUUGGUUGCCCUGAAAGAACCACACUGCAGACCCAUGUCCUUUUCAUAAGAAUAGUAAUGUCACGAUAGGGGGCCAGUUGCUAAGGCUUUCUAAAGAACCAUACAGUGCCGUAUACUAAACUAAAUAACAAAAAACUCCACAUGGCAAGGGUAAGAUUUAGAAAUGACCUCAUGGUUGUAACACUUUUCAGCUUUCCGUCAGUUUAUCAGAGAUCGUUUAUGGUAGUGUAUUCAAAACUUUAUACAAACAACCUACAGCUGUCCUUUGCAAAUUGGUGUAGUUAUUAUAUAUCUAAAUCAAACUGCAAAUGCAUGGUGUUGUCUUAAAUACAAGGAGUGAAGGGUUACAUUUUACCCCAAGGCCUGGGUUAGUUGUAACAGUGCUUGGGGUGAAUUGUAACAGAAUGGAAAAAGUGCAUAAAUCAUGACAUGCAACUCAUUAUUUAAUGCCUUUAUUGAGACCAUAAGAGCAACAUUGCCAUGUUUAACAUUUUGUUUGGCAGAAAUAAUAAUAAAUAUAAAUAAUAACGUGUUUAUUAUUUGACACUCCACUAAAUGGUAUUUCUCAACCUAACAACAACUCGGCUAAACUAAACACCUGAAUGUUUGUGGUGUGUGUGUUUUUCUGUGUGUGUGUUUCUGUGUGAGUGUGUGUGUGUGCGUGCUUGUCUGUGUGUGUGUGACUGAAUGUUGGACAUGUUCACUUAAUCAGAGUCACAGUUGUGACAGUGGUAUGGCUGUCCUGGGGUACAGGCUUGGUGGGCCCAUUAUUUGCAUUCCCAGCACCACCCAGACCUCCUUGGACUUGGAAUUGUUAAAGUGCUCCGUGCACAAUGCAGAAGUUUUCCUUGUUGGAGGAAUCUGAAUCUUCUGGUUCAAUGUACUUUGUUUUGGCUUUCUUCUUAGGCAGGACAGUUUUUUGUCGUUGUUCAGUGUGGUUUGUCUUGGCUUGCUUCUUUCCAGCAGUUUUUUAAUGAAGGGCAAAACAUUUUUUGCCUUCUGAGUGCUUCACUUCUUAUGCUCUUCUUCCAGUGCCUGCUUGAUAGGUGUAUCCACCAUUUUUCUCGUCUUCCUACCCCUUGUUGUAAUUUUCCAGGGCCCUGCUUUUGGGAAGAGGCGUACAUCAACUGGGUUGAAAUCAGAAGAGUCAUCAGGUGUUUCAAAGCCAGAGCCUGAUACAUGUGGGGAGGUGCCCUGUGAAGUGGCUGGAGAGGUGGCCUGGAAGGCAGCUGGAGAGGUGGCCUUGGAGGUAGCUGGAGAUGUGGCCUGGAAGGCAGUUGGAGAGGUGGCCUGGAAGGCAGCUGGAGAGGUGGCAUGGGAGGUAGCUGGAGAGGUGGCCUGGGAGGCAGCUGGAGAGGUGGGCUGGAUAGCAGUGGGCACAGUGGUCAUAAAUCAGCUGCCCUCAAGAGAUACUCUGACAACUUCUGCUCCUGCUCAUCCAUGA